AUGGCUGAUGAGGCAGAAGCGCCGCCACCUCCUCCGGAGGGUGAACCUAGCCCGGAGGGUGAACCUAAUCCGGAGGGUGAACCUAAACCGGAGGGUGAACCUAAACCGGAGGGUGAAGCAGGUGAGGCUGGUAAAGAGGGAGAAAAACCUGCGGUUGAUAUGGAUGAUGGAGAAGAUUACAGCCCGUUGGGAUCUGCGGAUAAUCUGGAGAAUCAGCGUAAUUAUAAGGAUUACAAAAGGCUCGUAAAGGAGAUCAACUGUCAAAAUGAAACCAUCGAACGUGUCAAACAACAAAUCCAGGACAUAGCUUGCAAGUCGUGUGCCACAAGUUGUGAGAAAAAAGAUCUAAAAUGCCUGCAAGAAUGUUUGGAGCAGGAAUUGGAAAAGUUACGCUGUUUAAUAAACAAGGCAAUGCACUUGCAAAACUUUGGCUCAAAGCGUCGAUAUAAAGAAAUUCCACUCGUCACGACAUUCGAUGAGGAUCAAAUGACUCCCAUAUCUUACUACUGCGAUACAAUGCAAGUGAAGACAUCGAAGAAAACGCCUGUCAAGCGAGAACAUGGUACAUGCUGUCCAGCGAAAGAUUCUGCCGAAGCCAAGCGAAGUUCUUCAAGCAGUGAAUGCGAUAGAUCGCGAUCACGUCAAGAGUGCUAUGACAGUCAAGGAUCAUCCGAGGAAAGAGAUGAGCAGUGCGAGGAUAAGGAAAUAAAGACGUCGCAAGACUAUUCAUCGGUUGAUAAAUUAAAGGAGAAAUUAUGCUGCAUGCAAAAAACACUUGAUCAGUUAAAGGACGAGGUUUGUCGACGAAAGAUUGAGAAAGAUAUAAACCAGCCCUGUCCACAUCAUCAGAAAAAAAAACACGACGUCAAUAAGCCUUGCCCUCCUAAAUCGCAUUCCAAAAACUAUGACGACGACUGUGAUCAAGGAUCACCCCCCGUAGACACCUCCAUGUUGUGCAAAUCAACCAAGAGCAAUAAGGAAGAUCAACUUCAAAAGCUCAAAGGAAACUACAUCUAUUUGCUGACCGAGUUCAGUAAAAAGGAUGACCAACUUAGGGAAAUGAGUGACAAAUUGAAAAAUGCCUGCGGUGGUGGAGCAGGAAAAGUUCCUUGCGGCGGUAAAAACGCCAGAGGUAACGCCGAUGAAUCUGAGUUGAUUUUGCUGCGUAACCGUGUCAGCGACUAUGAAGAGGAGCAAAGGGAAUUCAAGUGUCUGCUAACAGAGCAAUCGUCGCAAUUGGAAGAUUACCGCGACAAGUAUUUAGGUGCCCGACAAAAAGUCGAGGAGCAGAAAGCCACAAUCGAUAAACUUAACAUGAAUAAUAAAACUGUUGAAAAGCAAAUCAAUGCGGAAGUAAAGCAGAUAAGAGCUAAAUUCCAAGAAAAGCUAUGCGAACUAUUGCAGUAUCCGAAACUACUUGAAAACGAACAGCUGAAGUUGGCUGAGACUUGUAAAGAGAAAGAAGAUUUAGAGGACAAACUUGUGAUUGUUUGCAAAGAACUGAAAUCACUGAAACGGAAGCAGGGUGACUCAAACGGCAAAGACGAUUGUCAAUCGCAGCUUCGCGAAUCUCAAAAGGAGCUAGAGAAAGUUAAUAAAAAUUUGGAGGAAGCGCAAAGACAACGCGACCUUUUCUGCGAACAAUUGAGAAAUACAGAAGAAGAUCUAAAUACUCUACGCUGUGAAUCGGCAAAGAUAAUUGCACGCACUAAGGAAAGGGCCGAAGUAAUGAGAGAGCAAAUGCAAAAUCGUAUGGAUCGCUUGGAAAAAGAUCUUGCCCAAUGCAGAGCCGCCGCUUGCAUGUCCGUGAACGACCGUGAGACUGUCAUAAACGAAAUGAGAGGACAAAUUAAUACAUUGUCGUAUAGCUUCGAUUCAGCCCAGAAACAAAUAAAAACGUUACGUAACCACAUAGCCUACAUGUCAAAUGAAAACUGUUUCCCCAUUAAAUGUUGA